CAUUAUUGUAUCGUAAAAACAUUUCACUAAAAUGAAGCUUAAAGGUUUUGUUUUGUUUGUUCUUUUUCUCCUUGCGUGCUCUAUAGUAGCUGUGGAAUCAGAGGUUGAGCAUCAAGGUGAUGAGGUCUUGGAACCCAACCAACGUAGGGGUGGGUUCUGCCGUGGUGGGCGAAUCCGAAGGUGUUGCGGUGGUUUUCGCCGCGGCCGGUGUACGAGGUGGUGUUGCAGGAGUUCUGCUGAUGAUGAAGCGGCGCUUCUAGAGCACGAUGCCACAGAUGGUGGUGGUGGAGAAUAUGGCGGUGGAGGGCAAGGUGGUGGGGAAGGCGGCGGAGAAGGUGGUGGGCAAGGUGGAGGGAAAGGUGGCGGGGAAGGUGGCGGUGAAUAUGGUGGUGGCGGCCAUGGUGGUGGGCAAGGUGGAGGAAAAGGAGGUGGUGAAUGUGGUGGUGGGAAAGGCGGAGGCAAAGGCAGCGGUGGUGGCAGCCACGAUGGUGGAAAAGGCGGAGGCAAGGGCGGCGGUGGUGGCUGCCACGAUGGUGGAAAAGGCGGAGGCAAGGGAAGUGGUGGACACGGUGGUGGUGGGCAUGGUGGUGGAAAAGGUGGCGGUGGGCAUGACGGAGGUAAAGGUGGAGGGAAAGGCGGCGGAUGUGGUGGUGGAAAAGGCGGAGGGAAGGGUGGAGGAGGAGGAGGUGGUGGUGGCGGUGGCGGGGGGAUAGGAGGAGGAGGGUCCUUGUGA